CAAAAAUAGUUCUCCAGUGACGUUUCGUGCGAUUCCCAUCAGACGCUAAUUCGAAUUUCUCAUAAAUUAUAUUAUAAAAUAUAAUAAUAAAUAAGAUGGAUAAUGUUUACGCCCCCCUCAGUGAAGCAUGUGCCAAGACAUUGAGCGACAAGACGUACGAUAAGAGAAAAUUGGCCUCCCAGGAAGUUGAAAAAAUGGUGGCAGAGUUCAACAAUGCCAAGAACACGAAGCAAAUCCAGAAGAUACUGAAGGUGUUGGAGCGGGACUUUGUGACAUCGCGCGACCCCAACAAGAAAAAGGGCGGAUUGAUUGCAUUGGCAGGGGCGAGCAUUGGACUGGGCAAAGACACGGAAUUAUUCAUCAAUGAACUUGUAAAUCCCAUUCUGAAUUGCUUAUCAGAUGCCGACACGAAAGUCAGGUAUGCAGCCACUGAGUCACUGUACAAUGUCGUCAAAGUUGCAAGAAGCAGCAUUAUUCCACUGUUCCCGGACAUUUUCUCGGCACUCAGUCGUCUGGUGACUGAUCCGGAUCAGAAUGUGAAGAAUGGGAGUGAAUUGCUGGACAGACUGCUGAAGGACAUUGUCACGGAGUCUUCGCAAACCUUUGCUCUGGACUCAUUCAUUCCGCUUCUGAGGGAGAGAAUUUAUGCCAAGAACUCCUUCGCUCGACAGUUCAUCAUCUCAUGGAUAUCCAUUCUGAAUGCUGUCCCUGAGAUCAACAUGGUUGUCUAUCUGCCAGAAAUUCUGGACGGACUCUUCCAAAUGCUGGAGGACAACAUGGUGGAAAUUCACCGAAUGUGCGGCACUCUGUUGGCGCAAUUUCUACGCAGCAUUCGCAAUGACCCAGACUCUGCUGAUAUGCCGGCAAUGACUAACAUCCUCAUAGGCCAUGCUCAGACCAGCAAUGAACUGAUUCAGUUCACAGCCAUCACUUGGCUCAGUGAGUUUGUUCAGCUGUCCGGGCCGAGAAUGAUGAAGUUCGCUAGUGGAAUAUUUACAGCGAUUCUCCCUUGUCUGGCGUACGAAGGAGACUCCCGAAAACAGAUUAGGGAGUGUGCCCAGCUGGUGAACAAAGACUUGCUGGAACUAGUGUCCUCCAAGGAGGACAAAAUGAACAAUCUGAAGAACCUCGACUUGGACUCUGUGAUGGAAGUAUUGCGACAGUAUUUAGGGCAUAGUUCUGUACAUACCAAAGUUGCUGUGCUCAAGUGGAUUCACCAUCUCUUCACGGAGAUCCACGAAGAGAUGUCCAUCCAUUCCGUUAGUCUCUUUCCCGUCCUCCUUGGCGUGCUCUCUGACAGCUCAGACGACGUCGUCCUGCAGGGAUUGGUUGUCCUCGCCGAAAUCAUCAACUCCAACAGCGCCGAUGAUGACUUCAAACAAACGCAAUACAGAAAAUUCCUCGUCAGCCUCCUCAAUCUAUUCAGUGAGGAGAAAUCCUUUCUAGAAAACAAGGGAUCACUCAUUAUUCGUCAACUCUGUGUGCUCCUAAACGCCGAGCUCAUUUACCGCACCUUUGCUGAGAUCAUCUGUGAAGAGACAACAAAUAUCAAGUUCGCCUCAACGAUGGUUCGUACGCUAAACACAAUCCUGCUCACGGCAUCUGAGCUCUUUGAUCUGCGAAACUCCCUCAAGGAUAUCCGCAAUAAGAAAUCCGCCACGCUAUUCGAGUGCCUGUACAAAUGCUGGGCCCAUUGUCCUGUAUCAACACUAUCACUCUGCCUCUUGGCGCAAUGCUAUCAACACGUGUCCGCAUUGGUGGUCAUAUUCGGCAACCUCGAAGUCACUGUGGAAUUUCUCACUGAAAUUGACAAAUUGGUCCAGCUGAUUGAAUCUCCCAUAUUCGCAUCGCUUCGCCUCACUUUGAUCUCCCAGGAGAAGAAGUCCCCAGAUGGCCACUACUUGGCUCAAGCCCUCUUCGGCAUUCUGAUGCUCCUGCCGCAAACUGACGCAUUCCAUCUGCUCAAAAACCGCCUCCAGUGUGUUCCCAUGUACUGGGGCCAUAACGUCACAGCAGACUCGUCGCUAUCCGUUGAAAACCAAAGUAGUAUAGAUUUCAAUGCUCUUCUCGAGCACUUCCAGAAAGUUCAGAAGUUCCAUCAUCAGCAGCGAAUGAUCCAGAGGAAAAAGAGCAUCGUUUUGUGGGAGUGA